CUACCCUCUUCUUCCCUAAGAUGGUCGAAGAAGAAAGGAUUCUCUAAGGGCAGUCAGAGAACAAAACCAUUUGAAAAGAAGAAAGAAAAACAAAGUUUCCAACAACAGAGAACACACGCCCAUAUUUAAUUAUUAAGGUUCUCGACUUAGGCAACAAGAAGCAGCGAAAGAAAAAGAAUUUGUCUUAUCCUCGUCGUCAUUAAUUCCUUGACUGCCCUCCCCUUGGUUUUGCAGGAAAAGGUUGAACCUUGGAGAAAUCCUAUUGAUUCGUCCACCAGCUUUGUUGCAUUUCUGUAACAAUGAGAGGCCCCAAUUCCAUGGACGGCUUGGAAGGCGCUGAUGUGUUAUUGUUUAUUUGCAAUCUUAUGUGUGUGUAUGUGUUUUAGGAAACAAAAAAAAUUGUAUCUGGUAAUACUUCCUAGUACUUGACGUGGUUGUCAUCGUUAUUGUUCUCAUUGUGUCCGAGUAACGGUUGUUGCUCGGAGGGUCAUUUUGUGCAUAAAGAGCUUCUUUUUAAAAACUGGCAAUUGUGUAUAGAGUGAUAGCUGUCGGCAGAGAUUAUCACUGCCUCAAUCACAGCUAUAUACAUUGGUCUAUAAAGCAAUGGGGGAUGGAUUGACUGUACAUGGAAUUCAGAUUUUGUAUCUCAUCAUUUUGGCUCUUGUUUUCGACUCUCAUGGGCAUUGCUCUCUUAACUCCGAAGGACUUGCAUUGUUGAAAUUUCAAGAAAGAGUGGAUUAUGAUCCCUAUGGGGUUUUCUUGAACUGGAAUACUGAGGACUGUGAUCCUUGCAUGUGGCUUGGAGUUCGUUGUUUUGAUGGUAGUGUGCAAAUGUUGGAUUUCAAUGGAUAUGCUUUGGAAGGAACACUCGCACCCGAACUAGGAAAUCUUUCCCACUUGAAGGCACUUGUGCUCUCCAAGAACCGUUUCUCUGGGGUCAUUCCUCCAGAAAUUGGACAACUCAAAAUGCUUGAGGUGCUUGAUGUGAGGUAUAACAGUUUGAAUGGAACGAUUCCGGCAGAAAUUGGAGGAUUGCAUUCACUAAGAAGCUUGUUGCUAUGUAACAAUACCUUCCAUGGAAGCAUUCCUUUGGAGAUUGGGAAGCUUAGGUUCCUGACCGAAUUGCAGUUCGACACAAACCUCACCGGACCUGUCUGUAUUAACAGAAAACUUGGGCAUGGGAAGGGCUUUUUGCACAGAAGUUCUGACUACUGCUUCGAUGUCCAUUCAAGUUCACCCUGUCUUCAUGACAUGACGCGCCGAAUGUUGGGUGAACAGUCAAGUAACUUAGCCGCAGCUCCCAUUGAUGGUGGGGCACAGUUGGGCAGUAUUACUCCCCAACCAAUCACCAGAAGUAGUGGGUCAUUUCCUGCUUCGCCUGAGAAGAAGGUGAAAUCUCCACCCCAAGCACCACCGCCUUCUCCCCAUCCAAAACAGCAGGACCAAUCGAAUCAUGGUGUUCUUCCUCAACUAACCGGCGACCAAGACUCUGGAGGAUCUGAAAAAACAUGGGAGUAUAUAGUUGGAGCCAUUUCAUGUGUCGCUUUCUUGCUCAUUUUGGCUGUGGUUGUCGUUUUUAUCUGCAGAGCUAGAGCAGCAAAUACCAUUGGCCCAUGGAAAACUGGAUUGAGUGGUCAGUUGCAGAAGGCGUUCAUCACAGGAGUCCCAAAGCUGAACAGGUCUGAGUUAGAAGCUGCAUGUGAAGAUUUUAGCAACAUUAUAUGCACAGCUGAUGCUCACACUAGCUACAAGGGAACUUUGUCAAGUAAAGGAGAGAUUGCAGUUUUUUCUACUGCCAUUACGUCUCUAAAAGAUUGGUCCGAUCGAGCAGAAAUUUCCUUCAGGAAGAAGAUUGACAUUCUUUCAAGGAUUAACCACAAGAAUUUCAUUAACCUUAUUGGGUACUGUGAGGAGGAUGAGCCUUUCACUAGGAUGAUGGUAUUUGAGUAUGCCCCAAACGGAACUCUUUCUGAGCAUCUGCACGAUCAAGAAUUUGAACAUCUUGACUGGAAUGUGAGGAUGAGAAUUGUCAUGGGAAUAGCAUAUUGUCUGCAACACAUGCACAAUCUGAAUCCUCCGCUGUCUCAUCCCAACAUCACUUCAGAUACCAUAUUCUUGACAGAUGAUUAUGCUUCUAAGAUAGGAGAGGUUGGGUUUUGGGCAGAAUUCACUGACAAUUCAAAGUUAAAGGAUUCGGAUGAUCAUUCCGAGCUGCCACCACUUGCAGAACCAGAGGCAAAUAUAUACAGUUUUGGACUUGUGCUUUUGGAAAUAAUCUCAGGAAAGCUACCUCACUCAGAGGAGCAAGGCUCUCUUCUCAAAUGGGCCACGCCUCACUUGAAUGGCAAGAAGAUGGAGGAACUGAUUGACCCAACGCUGGAGUCCUACAAGGAUAACGAGCUAUCCGUCGUUUGUGAGGUAAUCCAAGAAUGCACUGAAAAAGAGGCGAGGAAAAGGCCGACAAUGAACGAAGUCGUUUCAAAACUCAGGGAAGCCAUUGAUGUCUCGCCAGCUGCUGCGGGGCCCAGAUUCUCUCCGCUUUGGUGGGCAGAACUGGACAUCUUGUCUUCCGAGGCGCCAUAAUAAUCUACUGAUGUGUACAACUAUGUGAGCUUAAGGAGGGAUUGGCUCCACAUAAAGCUUAUGUAUGUGAGUGUAAAUAUACAUUUAUGAAUGUUGCAGGCCAUGGCAGGACACAAUUAAUCUCACAAUCAGCCAAGGUAAACAAUGAGAGAGUUAUGGAACCACACGAUGGCAAAGUCAUCAUAGCCCUUUACACUUAAAAAGUUAAAUCAAAACUCUACACUUGG